GCACGUUGAUGGCCAUCAAGUGCGACCUGACCAACGAUGAGGAAGUGGAUGCCAUGUUUUCCCAAUUCAUGGAAACAUGGGGAGGCAUAGACGUCUGCAUUAAUAAUGCCGCUAAGAUAGGCAUACCGAAGCUCCUUGGUAUGAAUACAAAUGGAAACCGGAAGGAGUGGAGAGAAUUAUUUGACUUGAAUGUGAUUGCAUAUUGCUACUGUGCAAAGAAGACAGUAGAAUCCUUGAAGGAGAGAGAUUGUGACGAAGGACACAUAAUCAACAUUGGC